UUAAUCUCUGUAAGGGUUGGGCUCGGUCGGAGCUAACUUGGGGGUGGGGGCCGAGAAGGGGACUGCUUGGUCACUUUGUUGACUGUCCGAAAGCCAACGUACCUGAGAUGGUUUACACACGACUUGCCAGAAGAAAUUCACCAACCCAUCAGCCUACCUUUCCCAGGGAGGUCCACAGGGCAGCAGCCAUGGGGUCAGUUGGGGGAGACCACUUCAAGGAGCUCAGUCCAGUAGUGACACCAGAGGGAAAUGUGGUGAUGAGCUUCAGUUUUGACAGCUACCAGCUGGAAGAAGAAGAGCUCCAAGCCAAAGGGAACCAGGCCAAAGGGGUCCUGACUUUUAUGGAGCCAGUGACCGAGGAGCCCGAGCCUGAUGACCAGUACCAUGGGAUAUAUUUUGCCAUGCUGCUGGCCGGAGUGGGCUUUCUCCUGCCAUACAAUAGUUUUAUCACAGACGUUGAUUAUCUGCACCACAAAUACCCAGGGACUUCAAUUGUGUUUGACAUGAGCCUCACCUACAUCCUCGUCGCCUUGGUGGCUGUCCUCCUGAACAACGCCCUGGUGGAGAUGCUGAGCUUACACACCAGGAUCACUGUGGGUUACUUCUUCGCAGUGGGCCCCCUCCUCUUUGUCAGCAUCUGUGAUGUCUGGCUGCAGCUCUUCUCCCAGACACAGGCAUAUGCCAUCAACUUGGCUGCUGUGGGUACGGUGGCCUUCGGUUGUACAGUGCAGCAAUCCAGUUUCUACGGUUACACAGGGAUGCUGCCCAAGAGGUACACCCAGGGGGUGAUGACUGGGGAGAGCACUGCUGGGGUGAUCAUCUCCCUCAGUCGCAUCUUCACCAAGCUGCUGCUGUCAGACGAGAAGGAGAACACGAUCAUCUUCUUCUUCAUCUCUAUCGGCAUGGAGCUCAUGUGCCUGAUUUUGCACGUGCUGGUGAAGCGGACCCGCUUUGUCCGUUACUACACUGCCCGCUCCCAGGAGGGCGCUCCAGAGCUCAAGGGCAGCGUGGGCACCGGCACCGGCUACCGAGUACACCAUGAUGUCAUUGCCGACGAAGUGCGAUUCGAGGAUCGCCAUCAUGGUCCAGGGGGUUCUCCUCAGGGCAGUGUGGGCCAUGAUGCUGAGCUGGCUGGUGGUGGGACCUACAUGAGAUUUGAUGUCCCUCUGCCCAAAUUCAAGAGGAGCUGGCCCAACUUCCGAGCCAUGAUGCUGCAACGCUAUGUGGUGUCCCGGGUGAUCUGGGCCUACAUGCUCUCCAUAGCAAUGUCCUACUUCAUCACGCUGUGCCUCUUUCCCGGGCUGGAAUCGGAGAUCCGUAACUGCACUCUGGGCGAGUGGCUCCCGAUCCUCGUUAUGGCCAUAUUCAACCUCUCUGACUUCGUGGGCAAGAUCCUGGCAGCCCUGCCCUAUGACUGGCGAGGGACCUACCUCCUCAUCUACUCCUGCCUACGGGUUGUCUUCAUCCCUCUCUUCAUCUUGUGUGUGUACCCCAGUGGGAAGCCCACCUUCAGUCACCCUGCCUGGCCCUGCAUCUUUUCCCUCCUCAUGGGCAUCAGCAAUGGCUACUUUGGCAGCGUGCCCAUGAUCCUGGCUGCGGGCAAAGUGAGCCCUGAGCAUCGAGAGCUUGCAGGCAACACUAUGACGGUUUCCUACAUGACAGGACUGACUCUGGGCUCGGCCGUUGCCUACUUCGCCUACAGCCUCACCAGUACCUCCCAUAGCACCUGCUUCUACACUGAAACCUUCAAUAACACCUUCACGUCAGGGUACUGAGCGGGCCUCAGGGCCCAGGCAGGAAGACCAGCUGGCCAGUGUGCACAUGGAUGUGUGUGUGUGUGUGUGUGUGUGUGUGUGUGUGUGUGUGUUUAAGUGUGUGUGAGUGUGGGGAGUGGUGUGUCUGGGGCCUGGAUUCUGUGGGGAGGUUUCGCUCUACUGCCUGUGCAUAAGUUAAGCCUCCCUCCGUUUCCUCUGCACCCCACAACCCAAUCCCCUAGCAAAACAAACAAAAACCCCCCAAAUUUUGGAAAAACCCAUCCGUCUUCACUCCCCUAACUCAGCCUCUUACUCUGUCUGACAGCAAUAGGAAGUCUGUGAGUACUUGUGAGGAAGCCUUAGGGCCUGGCUUCAGAAAGAGGUGACUGACUUUGACUGGAAGAAAUGAGAGGAACCAGCUUGAGGGAGAUUAUGAAUAAGAGCCAGUCUCCCCCCCAACACACACACACACACCUGGGAGGAUAUAUGUGAGUGUAUGUGAGCGUGUGAGUGUGCAUGCAUGAGUAUGAGUGUGAGUAUGUGCGUGUGUGUGUCUGCAUGUGUAUACACAUGUGGAAGCCUCUCCCUGAAGAUUCCUCUCUCCCUCCCUGCUGCUUCUUCUUGCCUCCUGCCUCACUGAUUGAUCCUGACUCUUGGGGUGUAACCGGUGGGGCCGAGCUUGUGGGCUGGUGUGGAGGGAGCAGGCCAGAGGAGGAGUCCAGCUGUGUAAAGGCAACCCAAAGCCUUAUUAUAAUCAAGCCAUGCACCCCAGUCCUACACCAGGCCUAGCUUGGAGCCCCACAGUGUUCUUGGGGCGGGGAGCAGCAGAAGACAUGCCCCUAGGGGUGGGAAGGGAACCAUUUAAACCCUUAAAGCAGCCAGAUUCUCCCUGAUUAUAAAUGGGAACCCCCAAGGACUUCUGGGAGAACCCUUCUCAGGCAGGGGCAAGUUAAGGCCAGGGUCAGAUGAAGGCCAGGGUUAGUACAGAAUGCUGAACAGGGUCUAGUGAAUCCUGUCCCCACCCCCACCCCAAGCCACACCCCUGGCUCUCUCCUUAUCCUUAGUAAGUUAGUCUUCCUUAAACCAAGAGUAUUCAACUGAGGGAGACCCUGACUGAUCAGUUAAGCCCAGGAAUUGCUUCCUUCUGGCAAGGUUCUGGGGAGAGAGAAGGAACCCUGAUCAUCUUUGCCUACCUGUCUACUUCCCAGCCUAUCUGUUCUCAAACAAACACUGUGCGUCCUGCUGUCCUAUGUGUGGGCUGUUCAGAGAUGGAGGAGCCCAGAACGGAUGUCUGGAGAUGUUGCUGUCCUGGAACUAGGGAGGAAAAGCAUGGCAGAGAGGAGACCCAACACUUGCACUCUGGUGGUAUUCCUAGGAGAUGCAGGAUGACCUAGAAGCAGGAUGGGGUUGGGGUGCCCUCCCACUGUUUCUGACCGCUAUGGACAGCAAUGGGUCCUGUGGUCCCCAAGGCCAUCUGGGAGAAAGGCCAGCCCGAAUUGUCUAGUAUGCAGACCAUAGUUCAGCCAACCUCUUCUCCUUUGACCUUAAUGCUAUAGAGUAGGCCUGCGCACCACCACCACCACCCUUCCCCCUGUAGGGGCUGGGAUAGAUAAUUUUUACCUCUCAAGAAGGAAAAGAAAAAAAACAAACCUCCUUCCAGUGAACAUGGGAUGGAAUGAGUUCUGUGAGAUCAGUGUGGUCUGGUAGAAAGAGCAACUCAAGAAAUUUAGAGCUAGAGGAGGCCUCAAGAGGCCCCCUACCAAUUCCCCCAUUUUCUAGAUGAGGAAGCUGAGGCCAAGCAGAGUUAAAUGACUGGCAAGCAGCACAGCUUGGGAUUUGGAAGCCAGGUGUCCCAACUCCAAGUCCAAUGUUCUUUCUCCUGUACUAUGUGGGCUAGAAGUCAGGAGGCAGGGGCCUGGGCCCAGCUUGGUCACUGACAUGCUUCAUGAACUAGGACAAAUCACUCCCCCUUCUACCCUAGGCUUCUGUUUCCUCCUCUACACAAUGAGAAUAUUUGGAGUAGAUGAUUUCUGGGGUGCCCUGUAGUCUCUGACAUUUUAGAAUUCUAUGGAGAUGAGGCUGAGAAGGAAGAUAAGAAGGGAAGAUUUUUAGGGAAAGGAAAAGGAAAUUCCACCAGCAGGUGUGUGACGGAGAAUGUGAAAGAAGUACUUGGGUCUGCUGUGAGGGGGUGCAGACAGACACCCCAGUGCUGCAAGGGGGCGGUCAAAGGAGAUCACCCUAAUUUGGAGGCAUGCCAACUGAAGAGACAUGUCUACGACUGCCUGGAUUCGAUCUUUAUUGCUCCCACCCACCCCAAUUCUCAGCAUCAAUUUAGCUUUCACUUUCCGCAGGCCCUGGCUAAAAUUUGGCCAGGAGGGUAGGGGUGGGAGAGGGAAAUAAGAGAUUUUUCACAGAUCAUGAUGGGUUUUCCUCAAAGAUGUUAAUGAUGGGAGCUUUGAAGAGUCUUCUCCGUGGAGAAAGGAUACCAACUGAUUAUGGGUGGCAAGUGGAGAAGAAAGGUGUCUGAUUCCUGACCUUUCCCCACCUCCACCCUUCUGCUGCUCAAUCCUCUGACCCUCAGCCCCAGAGGAAGAUGGGAGCACCCCCUACAGCUUGCCCUAACCCUGCAGGGAGUCCUCCAUUCUGUGUCACCGAAUUUUAUUGUGUGUGUAUAUAUCUGUCUGUUCAUAAAAAUGUACCACUUUGACCAUUAAAAGAUCAUGUGAAAAUAUAUAAGAGGCAGAUGAAAUAUUACAG